AACGCUUGAGCAAUCGGCGUGUUUCUUACUUGGGUGAAGCUCUAACACGAAACAGACGACAUUUUGGCUCUGUAACGCGCUAACGACUGGUUGAUUAACAUGUCUACUGGAAAUGUAACUGAUUUGUUUCUAUGUUGACAAGCGGAACAAGUAAUGUAGCGCCUAAACAGAUUCUCAGGCACCGGAGCAGGUUUUGUUUCUCAGCUCGACUACCGAACUAAUAGACUGUGUGCAUACGUGCAUGCGCUAGUGUUAGUUUGCGUAAUGCAGGGAAACAAACUUGUGUGUGUUAAAUGACUCGGUGAAUAUGGAGGUGUCCGACGACGAGCGGUCCAGCUGUGAAGGCGAGUACACGGUGAGAAACACGGUGAAAGAAGUGAAGGGAGAAAAAAGGGAGGAUGGGGCAGCCGUGGGAGCUGCUUCUUCGUUUGGCUUCUCGGGUAUUGACACCUUGAGCGCCCUGAAGCUCCACCGAAGCAGCCAGUCGGCGGAGAAAAGCCUCCGCUACCUGCACACUCUAUGGAGCCCGGGCGCUUUACUUCAGGCCGAACCGUCUGGAGGCAAAAUGACGGUGAGCAGAACCAGGAGACUGGGGAGAGUCCGGAGAAACCUGGGACCUAUAGGCAAAGACCUUUACGCCGUGAAGAGGUUCAGAGAAGCAGCCAAUGGCAACGACAUUGACACGGUUCGUAGGUUAUUGCAGGAUGGCAUUGACCCCUGUGCUGCAGAUGACAAAGGAAGAACUGCUUUACAUUUCUCCUCCUGCAAUGGCAAUGAGAGUAUUGUUCAGCUAUUGCUAAGCCAUGGUGCCGAUCCAAACCAGCGAGACAGCCUUGGGAACACUCCUCUUCAUCUUGCUGCCUGUACCAACCAUGUGCCUGUCAUCACUACCUUACUGAGAGGAGGUGCUCGUGUAGAUGCAUUGGACCGUGCAGGAAGAACUCCUCUACAUCUUGCCCGCUCGAAGCUCAACAUAUUACAGGAGGGAGAGUCCCGUAGCUUGGAAACCUUACGAGGGGAAGUCACUCAGAUCAUUCAGAUGCUGCGUGAAUACCUGAAUGUAAUGGGACACAGUGGGGAACGAGAGAGGCUAGAGCAUAUUUCUACCCAACUACAACACACCCGCACUAAAGAACAGGUGGAUGAGGUGACUGACUUACUGGCCAGCUUCACAUCUCUAAGUAUACAAAUGCAGAAUAUGGGAGACAGGUAGAGAAGAACAGACAUGGGGGCUAACAGAAGGUUGGAUUGCGGGGGGGAGUACCUGAGAUAUUUAUUUACACAUGACACACGUUGUAUAAUUUUAAUCAUUUGGUGAGCUGUGCAAAGUGUAUGACUAAAUCAAUGGCCUUCAAACACAUUAUCAAUCUUUUUAAAUAGAUCUUUUGUUUUGCAUUGUCUGUAUAUCUGUUCAGUCAUUAUUGUUCACGGUAAACCUUUUUUGUUUGAUGUUGAACAUGUAUCAGACGAUGACAAUAAAAAAAAUGUCCAAAUAUUUGUUCAUAGUUUAU